UCCUCCUCCUCCCCCUCCUCCUCUUUCGGCUUCGAUUCGUCUUCUCUUCUCUUCCUCCUCCCAUGUCUGCUCAAAAUCUGUCCAAGCUUUUCGUAAAUGCCACUAGCUCGAACCCAGUUGCUGUCUCAAGCGAAGCAAUUGCAGAGAAAGUGGUUCAAUCCCUUGUGCGCAGAGGGCUAAAGUCUCUGCGGAAGAACGCCGACUUUCUCUCCGAGCUCGACCCCACCGCAACCCAGCUUGUCCUCAAAGACCCUCGGCUCCCACCCCACUCUAGCCUUGCCUUCUUCCGUUUCUUGCAGAGAAACCAAUCAUCUAUCGUAUCGUUUCGAGCCCUCACGGCCUUAGUUUGUCGGCUUUACGACGCCCGAAAGUUCGACGUGAUUAAGGAUGUCUUGAGCUCUGCUGCGAGGGAUAAGGAUGUGCAAUUGGCAGUUUCAGAUUUUGCCGACCUGGUUCAGGAGAUGAAGGAAGGGCACGGUACUGUUGUGAAGUUGUGUGAUUUGCUGUUUCGGGUGUAUGCGGAUAACAAAAUGUUUGACGAGGCUGUCGGGGUUUACGACUUCAUGGAGAGUCGCGGGUUCGAGAUAGAUGAGAGGUCCUGUAUGGUUUGCUUGUUAGCUCUGAAGAGGUUUGGUACCCUUGAGGACUGUCUGGCAUUCUUCGAGCGGUUGAAGAAGUCGGGUUUGGUGACUGUCUAUUCGUUGACAGUUGUGGUUGAUUUGCUGUGUAGGAAGGGGAGGGUAGGCGAAGCUCGGGAGCUGAUAGAUGCUUCAGUCAAGAAAGGCCUGAAGCCUAAUGUCGUUACCUACAAUACCUUGAUUAAUGCGUGUGUUAAGGGAAUGGAUUCUGGGGCUGUCGAUGAGAUCUUGAGAUUGAUGGAGAAGGAUGGGGUCGAAUACAAUGUGGUUACUUUCUCUCUUUUAAUUGAUCGGUAUUCGAGCUCAGGUAGAAUCCGGGAUGCCGAGGCGGUGUUCAAUGAAAUGCAAGAGAAAGGGGUUAGUCCAGAUAUAUAUGUAUAUACUUCGAUGAUCAGUGGGCAGUGUAAGGCUGGGAAUGUGAAGGGAGCUUCAUCACUCUUUGACGAGUUGAGUGAAAGGGGCCUUGUCCCGAAUGUUCACACAUAUGGGGCUCUAAUUGAUGGCUUCUGCAAGGUUGGACAAAUGGAGGCGGCUGAUAUUUUAGUGAAGGAAAUGCAGGGAAGAGGAAUUGACUUGAAUCUGGUGAUAUAUAACUCUCUAAUUGAUGGGUACUGCAGGAAAAGAAUGGUAGACGAAGCUUGUCGCUUGCAGAGGAUCAUGGAGAGCCAGGGGUUUAAGGGUGAUGAGUUCACUUAUAACACGAUUGCAAGUUGCUUACGCAAUAUGAAUCAGUUCGAGGAGGCAAAGAAGUUGUUGUUCUCCAUGGCAGAGUGGGGAUUGUCUCCCAAUUCUGUGACGUAUACCACGUUGAUCGAUAUAUACUGCAAGGAGGGGAACUUGGUGGAAGCAAGACGGCUGUUUUGGGAGAUGGAGGAGAGGGGAGACAAACCAAAUAUUGUUACUUGCAACGCUUUAGUGGACGGGUACGUUAAGAAAGGGAAGAUCAAGGAAGCUAAUAAGGUGAAGGAGGAAAUGGCAAAUAGAGGACUGACACCUGACACUUAUACGUUCACAUCGCUGAUACAUGGGGAGUGUGUUCAUGGGACAAUGGAUCAGGCAAUGGAACUAUUUCACAAAAUGUCUGAGAGGGGACUGGAAAAGAGUGUGGCCACUUACACGGCCAUAAUCUCGGGAUUGGCCAAGUUGGGGAGAUCAGAUGAGGCCUUUGCAUUGUACGAGGAGAUGAUAGAAGCUGGUUUUACGCCCGAUGACCGAGUGUACACUUCGCUUGCGGGAAGCCUUCAUCAAAUUGGACCAACACCUUAGGGAUAAGUGUCCUCUUUGAAGGUCAUCUCGAAAGUCUGAACUUUCGGAUGAUUGUAGUUUGUCCAUUCUCUAUCUCAAUGAUAGACUGGAAAUUUCUCGGGACCUUACUUCAAGAAAUAUGUUCAGAGAGGUUCAUCCAAUCAAGAGUACACCAACAUAUAUAACCCUUUCUGUUACUGCCCCAGCAGUCAUCUAUUUCCCUGACUUGACUUCUUGCUGAAAUAUACUCUGCUGCAUGGCUUUGUUCAAUUCUCUGUGGAGCAUUUACUAGACUAACUGUUGUUUGAUAUUCUAUGCCUACUUCUAGUUUUCCGAAUAAACCAGACAGGGAAGGAAAGUCUGGUCCUCAAUAGUUCCGUUUCUUCCUUUGUGAUGCGCUUCAUACUAAACUGAUCUUGUAGACAUCUGUCAAAAGGGAUUCUUAUUUAGUGGGUGCACAUCUGCACAGGCUUCCCAUAAACAUUGCCUUAUCUUUGGAAGGUUCAGUGCUGCCCCUCAUUGCUUUUCCUUCCUACCAGGAAUGGUUUCUUGAAUUUAUUAGUGAGGAAUAAAAGCGGUCUCUCUCUCUCUCUCUCUCUCUCUCUAUAUAUAUAUAUAUAUAUUAUUCUGUAUAACAUGUUAUGGAUAUGAUGUAUUAUAUAUUUUUUAUGGUUCCAUUAACUAGUGAGACAUAUACGCUAUUAUGCAUAUUAAAAUUGGAUAGGAUUUUAUUUGUAAAAAUAGAUCAUUUUUAGGGUUCAAAAGAUCCAUUAUUAAUAUGCUUUAAAAAUAAA